CGCGUGCUCGCUUCCAAGAUGACAAAGAAAAGAAGGAACAACGGUCGUGCCAAAAAGGGCCGUGGCCAUGUGCAGCCUAUUCGCUGCACGAACUGUGCCCGAUGCGUGCCUAAAGACAAGGCCAUAAAGAAGUUCGUCAUUCGGAACAUAGUGGAGGCCGCAGCUGUCAGGGACAUUUCUGAAGCGAGUGACUUCGAUGCCUACGUGCUUCCCAAGCUGUACGUGAAGCUACAUUACUGUGUGAGUUGUGCCAUUCACAGCAAGGUAGUCAGGAAUCAUUCUUGGGAAGCCCGCAAGGACCGAACACCCCCACCCCGAUUUAGACCUGCGGGUGCUGCCCCAAGACCUCCACCAAAACCUAUGUAAGGAGUUGAGUCCUUGAGGACUGAAGAAAAACUAUCCAUUGGAAAAAAAUAAAAUGGAAAUUAUACUUAAUAUAGCAUGUUGAGUAUGUCUGUGCCAGAUAGAGUGGGAGUUUGUGUUACACCAGGUGUUCAAAUGUGAAUUGUCACAUAAUAUUUUCCUUGGAAAGAAAGCUAACCUGUGUGAAUUAAACUUUAACUCUUGCAGUCUUA